UUUAAUACUUGUUCGAUUCAACAACAAAAAAAUGGCUGGAAUUGUUGUGGUUUUCGAUUUUGACAAGACGAUCAUUGAUCUGGACAGCGAUAAUUGGGUGAUUGAUGAAUUGGGAGCUACUGAUUUGUUCAAUCGACUUCUUCCUACAAUGCCUUGGAACUCUCUUAUGGAUAGAAUGAUGAAGGAACUUCAUGAUCAAGGCAAAACUAUUAACGACAUUGAACAAGUACUCAAACGCGUACCUGUAAUUCCCUGCGUUGUUCCCGCCAUUAAAGCUGCUCAUGCUUUAGGGUGUGAUUUGAGGAUAGUAAGCGAUGCAAAUGUCUUCUACAUCGAGACAAUUUUGAAACAUCUAGGAAUACAUGAUUGCUUCACGGAGAUAAACACAAAUCCGGGCUACGUUGAUGAGCAAGGAAAACUUAGAAUUCUUCCUUACCAUGAUGUUCAUCAUGGCUGCACCUUCAAUACUUGCCCUCCCAACAUGUGCAAGGGUCUUGUAAUAGAAAGAAUACAAGCCUCAUUGGCUAAGGAAGGGAAGAAAAGAAUGAUCUAUCUCGGUGACGGAGCAGGAGAUUUUUGCCCAAGCUUGAAGAUGAAAGAGCAAGAUUUCGUUAUGCCAAGAAAAGAUUUUCCAGUUUGGAAAUUAAUAAACGAAAAUCGCCAUCUAAUAAGAGCAAGAAUCCAUGGGUGGAGUAAUGGAGAAGAGCAAGAACACGUUUUGCUUAACAUAAUUAAAGCAAUUACCAUCGAAGAGAACCAAUUUUUAUCGGAUGAGUGCAAGUUCCAGACGACGAUUCCGAUUAAUGCAGUUCAUGAAGCCAUGCCUAAAGCUCUCCCACUCCCUGUGCCUUACUAA